CCAAAAAAGAGAAACGAGAAAAAAAACAAUCAAAACAAUAACAACAUCCAGACAGCUUAACUGGAGGUUUUGAAAUAAUUUUAUUUAAAACAAUGGUGCCCAUUGGAGCCGUGCAUCCCGGCCAUCCCGGUGUUGUGCAUCAACCGCAGCCACCUCAACCGAUGCCGACAGCUCCCAGCGGACCAAAUACCCUGCAACCCAGCUCGGCAUCUUCCACAUCGUCGAACACAACCUCCAAUAAAAGUUCAUUGUCGGUGAAACCGAAUUAUACAUUAAAAUUCACCCUCGCCGGGCAUACCAAGGCAGUUUCAGCGGUCAAAUUUAGUCCCAACGGCGAAUGGCUGGCCAGUUCAUCUGCUGAUAAACUCAUUAAAAUCUGGGGUGCCUACGAUGGUAAAUUUGAGAAAACCAUUUCGGGUCAUAAAUUGGGCAUCAGUGAUGUGGCGUGGAGUUCGGAUUCACGUCUUCUUGUCAGUGGUAGCGAUGACAAAACCCUCAAAGUAUGGGAGCUUAGCACAGGCAAGAGCCUAAAGACCCUCAAGGGCCAUAGCAAUUAUGUCUUUUGCUGCAAUUUCAAUCCGCAAUCGAAUCUGAUUGUCUCUGGCAGUUUCGAUGAGAGUGUACGCAUUUGGGACGUGCGAACUGGCAAAUGCCUGAAAACGUUGCCAGCCCACUCCGACCCGGUUUCGGCGGUGCAUUUCAAUCGAGAUGGCUCACUCAUUGUCAGCUCCAGCUACGAUGGACUAUGCCGCAUUUGGGAUACAGCCAGUGGGCAGUGUCUAAAGACACUGAUCGAUGAUGACAAUCCGCCAGUGAGUUUCGUCAAGUUCUCGCCCAACGGUAAAUACAUAUUGGCAGCUACACUUGAUAACACACUCAAGCUUUGGGAUUACUCCAAGGGCAAGUGCCUAAAGACGUAUACAGGACAUAAGAAUGAGAAAUAUUGCAUAUUUGCCAAUUUCUCCGUCACUGGUGGCAAGUGGAUUGUCAGCGGCAGUGAGGACAAUAUGGUCUACAUUUGGAAUUUACAAAGCAAAGAAGUUGUACAAAAGCUUCAGGGACAUACCGACACCGUCCUCUGCACUGCCUGCCAUCCCACAGAGAAUAUUAUUGCUUCGGCUGCUCUUGAAAACGAUAAGACCAUAAAACUAUGGAAAUCGGAUACAUAGAGAAGGCGGCAGCCUAUCGCUGGUAUCCAGCCCUCCUCCUUCUCCUUUCCCACGCCCUACUCCAACUCUCCGCAAUCACACACACACACACACACAUACACAAAAACAAAAUACACAUAUACAUUUCUUUAAUAAUCUUAUUUUAAACAAAAUUUAGUUAUAAUUACUCUUAACCCUGGAACCAUAAUCUUAAUAACCACCCCCCACCCCAAUCCCAAUUGAGUUUCUCCUUCCCUUUAUUUUGUUUAUUUUUUUUUUUUUUGUUUUUGUAAUUGUUUCCCUUCGUUUUCCCCCUUUUCUACUCAAAUCACAUUCUAUAAAGCAAAAAGCGGACACUCAAAACUUGCGUUUGCCAAAAACUACGAGAGACCGGUGUCCAUAUAAUAUGUAUAAAAUAUUUAUUAGCCAGAAAACAAAAACUACAAUAAUUACAAAAGAGAAAAAAACAAAUCGGAAAACUAAAACAAAAACACUCCCCAUUUAUAGGCUUUAACAUACACCCCAAACAUAUAAAAUACAAAUUUGUCAAAAUUGAUAAUUCUUUUGGUGGCAAGACAUUGUAUAACUUAAAUUUAAGCAUAAAGUUCUAUAUAUACGAAAAGAAUAAAUAUAUAUAUAUAUAUUAAAAUAA